UUCCCACUUCAUACUUCCUAUCUUUCUCCGUCUUUCUCAAAUUCUUUUCCUCUCCGGCCGAUAUGCAAGCUCAGCAGGAAUUUGUGGGAUCUAACGAUCAGACCCUGAUGAUGAAAGGCAAGCGCACCAAGCGCCAGAGGUCAGCCUCUCCGUUCUGCCUUGCCGCCAUGACUUCCAGCUCAUCCAGUGGCUGUGGUGGGGGUGAAAGGGGAAUCCUGGAGGAUUACUAUUCAAUUUCAUCUCCGACCACUUCCGGUGAUGAAAUUUGUGAGAGCACUGAAGAAGAGGAGGACAUGGCUAAUUGUUUAAUUAUGUUGGCUCGAGGUGAUGGAGCCAGGCGGAUUGAAGAAAAUCGUGUUACCAAGAUGCAGGGGAGGUUCAGUUCUCGGAAAUUCUCUGAAUUAGCCACCGACGAGGCUAACAAAACGGCGGCAGGAUUUUAUGUUUACGAGUGCAAAACCUGCAACCGGUCGUUCCCGUCGUUCCAAGCACUGGGAGGUCACAGGGCCAGCCACAAGAAGCCUAAGGCGACAGCAGAGGAGAAGAAAUCCCCUGUUUCACCGCCGCAGAAGGAUGAUUCCGAAGGAGGGCAACCCCAGAGGGAAAGUCCGGUUAUCGCUCUGCAAAUUAGCAACAGUAAGGCUAAAGUUCAUGCGUGUUCGAUUUGUGGGUCCGAAUUCACGUCCGGUCAAGCCCUCGGCGGUCACAUGAGAAGACACCGAGCUGCCGCCGCUGCAGCCAAUCAAUUCGCCGUGAGUAACGACACAAGCACCACUAUGGACUCCAACAACGGUAGCGAAGAUGUCAAACCCAGAAACAUACUCCCUUUGGAUCUCAAUCUUCCGGCACCGGAAGACGAUCUCCGGGGUACUAAGUUCCAGUUUGGGUCUUCCCAACAAGCUCUGGUUUUCUCAUCACCAGCUUUGAUAGAUUGCCAUUACUGAAAAAAACCACACCGCCGGUGUGAAAAUGUUGAUGUGAAUUAUUAAUAUUGAUUGAAUUUCGCAUUAUUAUUCAACACUACAUAGAAUAUUCUUUGAAUUAAUUUCCUUAUUUUUC